GUACAAUAGUCGUCAAAAGCCACCAGAUUCAAAGUGGGCACUGACCUUGCUGUCAUUGUCAUCCCAGAGCCGAGCCUUCUCCCGUUCAGUUGUUCAUCAUUCCCAAGAUACGUCCUGCCCUCAGCCACCAUUGACACCCGCACAACCAUUCAACUUUUCAAAUGGCCCAUGGUGAAUGCUAGAUGUGAAGCGUGAGAAUCACCGGCCAUAAAAUAUACCGCGGCAUCCACAACAGGUACUCAUUUCCGCAAAAUUGAAGAGCUUGGACGGGAUUCAGUUUGAUGAAGUUGUUUGUUGACAGCGAGGCUAAUUCGACGCACAGUCUCAUGGCGCAUUCGCCUACCCACUCAAGCAUGGAGGAAGCUCCAGAAUCACAAGGUCCUACCCAUACAAACAAUGCAACAUCAAAUAAAGAAAAACAUCGUCCAAAGUCUCGAGGUUCGACGACCAGUCUACAAUCCGUAGGUGUAGGAACCGCUUUUCAGCCUGCGCCUCGACCAGACGACCCGACGAUGCCGUUAGAUCACAACGGCUUUUUCUUGCAGCAUGGCCACCACCCAGCCGCUGCAAUGUACAAUCACAACCCGGAAGAAAUGCUCAUGCAUUACCAGCAAAAUAUGGCUGCUCACUAUCGACAACCCUCAAUGGACGGCAUACCACCACACGAGAUGCGCCCAAUGUCAGCACAAGCAUUCCAGGAAAUGCAACCCUUCCCCAUGCAAUACCCUCAUCCUCCAUACGCCGUACCUCCGCAGCACAUGCAUCAUAUGCGCCAUCAGUCAGAGCAGUUUGAAGGCUCGCCAGCUCCUGAAGAUUCAAAUACAGAAAACGGUGGGGCCAAGCGAAGAAAAGGCACUGCUUCGAGUGUCGCGAACGACCAAGAGUUGCGACGGCUCCUUGCCCAAUACCAAGGCAAAUCUUUGAAAGAGGUUGCUGCAGAAGUCCAGAAGAACGAGGGAUCUGGAGGCAAAUCUGAAAAAGCAAAACAAGUCUUUGCCAUGCUAUGGCUCCAAGAAAACUGCCAGCGAUCCUCGAAUUCGGUCCGACGAGACCGUGUGUUUACGCGAUAUACGGAACGGUGUGGUAAUGAACGAGUACCGACACUGAAUCCUGCAUCCUUUGGUAAACUGGUGCGCAUCAUCUUUCCCAACGUGCAAACACGAAGAUUGGGCGUCCGAGGUGAAUCUAAAUACCACUACGUGGACCUGUCAUUGGUCCUGGACGAUGACGAACGACCCUAUGGUUCAAUCCUCGAACGACCUGGCACCGCAAACGGAAGCCAUCACGAACGACAUGGCUCCAAUGUGGAGGCGCAAAAGACCUUCAAGAACCGUGUCACUCCUCCUCUGGAAAGACCCGUCUCACGCGCUACAAUGGAAACAGCUGACUUUCCUGCCCCAAGCGCUGCAUUUCUAUCGAGACAAGCUGUUGUUGUUGAGGAUGGGCUUCCCGAGCCCGAGAAACCACAUGCACAAAAAAUGGACUGCAAAUACAUCAACACGCCGAUCAUUCGGCUACCCGCUAGAUCGAUGCCUUCCAAUGUAGUGGCUGCUUUGCCCUCCAUCCGCACAAACCUUCCCGCCAGUAUGGCCACCUAUCUCGGCAUGCCAACCCUCAAUUCACUGUCGCAGAUAUCGACGUCUUCGCAGGAGCCCCAUAUCGAAUUUCCCGACAUCCACGCUUAUCUUGAGGGCACCACCUACGAUGCGUCGAUAGCGAAGGCACUGUUCCACCUCUACCGCUCGUACUGCAUCGACGUUAUCGACGCUUUUCGAAAAUGCAAAGAGAAGCCAUUCUUCAAUCAUCACUCUGCCUUCAACGGCAAAAUGACCGUGCCUGUUUCCAAGCUCUUUUCUAUGGAAUGUUUGGCGCCUUGGAUACAGGAAUGCGACAUGCGCAUGUACAAGCAAAUCGUGCGCUUCAUUGCUCCGCUGGCGGUCCAAAAUGUGCCUGGCGUUGUCUGGAGCGUUUUCGACCGGAUAGGAUCCAGGCUGGUCAGUCACUUGAUUUCGGCCUUCGAAGAGAAGUGUCCUGUGCACGUUGUGGUGGCAAAGACAGUGCCAGCGGCGAGAUUUGCCAAUCUCCUGAAAAAGCUCAAAGGAGCGAACGCAGCGACAUUGCAACUGAGUACAAUGUUGGAGGAUUCACAGCAGCGAACACAGAUGUGGCUUGACCUGAUGGCCAUGGUCGAUCCAGAGCAUCUGCUAGAAGUGAGCAUGCCACCACCCGAGAGCCUCGAUAAGAUGCAAGGUAUUCUGAAGCAUGACAUGAGGCCCCUGAUAUCACCACUUGAUGGUGAAUUGACACGCGCAGCCGAGGACGACCCGACUAGUGCAUAUGUAAAUUUCAUCAACGACAUGUCUGAUUUUGGCGAGGGGAUACUUGCCCCCGACACAAACGGAGAACCGACUCCUCUGCUGGAGAGAUGGAUAAAUUGGUUAGAGCGGUUGCCGCAACUCUUUCAAGGACAUCACCCUCAAUGCAUGAUCGACUGGCAUUCGAGAAUGUGGAGCAGUCUCAUGAUGCAGAUGGGACAAAAUGGCGCCCAUAGUUAUCAGUCAUGGUGGUUCGUGGAGUCUUUUGCUACCCAAAUGCUUAGCUGGAUGACUCAGAUGGAAGGUCUGCUCCUAGACGAGGAAAGCCAGAAGCUCGCAGAUAUGCGAGAGCAAGAAAAGAGCAAGGAGAUCGAUCCCACCUCAACUUCAUCAUCACGCGGCACCAAAAGAAAGAGAACUGAAGACGACAGUGGCGAUGGAGAGGACAUUCGAUCUGGGAGCGACGCGCGCUUAUUGAAAAAGCUUGAACGAGUACCACCAACACCUCCAGCCCUUCCACCACUCCAAGAGGAUGAACAAGCGCCUCAGGAUGUGGAUGACGACGCGACCGACGCAGACCUCGACGAGCUACGACAAGGUGGCCCUUUAGACCUGCCUAGCUUCCAUACCGGCCUUAGCAGCCCGAUCAAGCGACCGCAGGGCACCAACUCACUCGACGAUAGCGGCAUUGACCUCGGGUUGGACAUUGAUAUCGAAGCUGAAAAGGAAGCGAGAAAGUUCAACAAGAGAGAUUGGCUUCUAAGCAGCGACCCAGCUGAUCCGCCAAUUGGACUCGGAGUGCUUGUCUGAUUCAAGCAAGCAUCUGAUUGCUCCUAUGUUGGCAAUGUAUUGCCAGAUUAUUUCGAAUCACAUUAUCAUGGAGAUAUCGAAUGGACGAGUUCGCACGAUUUGGGACGACCUACAUGACGAGAUGAUGGGAUCAAGGUCGGACAGGAGAUUGUCAGAGUUGUGACGAGCGGACACUUACUUGGGUUGGGCAGGUAUUACUACUUUUAUUCUUAAUCGACGAUCAUCGUCUGCCUUUUUGGUCUUGGAUGGGGGAGAAAAGCUCUAUUGAGUAUGAUGGCGGGCUGUCUGCUUCUUGGAUUGAUACCAGGUUAUGGAUGCUUAUCAGGGCUGCAUUUUUGCUACUGCGGCGUCGAAUCCUGGAGGUGCCUGUACAGUCUCGGCCAGGUUUUGAGUAUGUUGAGCUUUUCUCUAUGCUGUUUGUGGUGGCUAGCUGUGUGUAUGUGCUGGAAAGCGCCUUUCUCCAAUGCGAAAAUUCUCUUGAGUGACAGCAGACAUAUUCUGCAUCACUCCUAACA